CUACAAAUCGCAAAGCAUAUUUUCGGUUCUCACAUUCAAUUCCAUUUUUUCCAAAUGCCCGUGUCCCUCUGCACCGGUAGUUGCGCUUCAUAUUCGUUUAUUGCUUUUUCAGGGCGACAGCGUUGAGGUCCAUGCGGAAAUCGAGGGCCUCAAGCCUGGGAAGCAUGGUUUCCAUGUUCACGAGUUCGGCGACACUACUAACGGAUGCAUUUCAGCCGGAGCUCACUUCAACCCGCACAACAAAAACCACGGCAGUCCGGAUGCGGCAGAGCGUCACGUCGGGGAUCUUGGGAAUGUUGUUGCUGACGCCAGCGGCAAGGCGACGUACAGCAUCACUGACAAAGUGAUUUCUCUUUCUGGGGAGCACUCUGUCGUUGGAAGAUGUCUUGUGGUUCACGCUGAUCCAGACGACUUGGGUCUUGGGGGACACGAAUUGAGCCUGUCGACUGGCAAUGCAGGGUCACGGGUCGCCUGUGGUGUCAUCGGGAUCGCCAAAUGCGACUGA